AUGCCUCGCGCCUGCACGGCGACCGUCGUCCUGGCGCUCGCGCUCCUCCCGGCGCUGGCCGCGGCCGCGGCGGCGGCCACCACCGCCUACCGCCGCGUGGCUCCGUCGCCCGGCCACGAGUGCGGCUCGCAAGGCACGUACGCUCCCAACAGCACCUACGAAGCCAACCUGCGGGCGCUUGCCGCCACGGUGCCCGCCCAGGCGAACGCGUCCUCCUGCAAGUGCUCGCCCGGCAACCAUGCCGGCGAACGCCCCGACAUGGUCGCCGCUUCGGUCUACUGCUACUGGCGCCCGGACGCGGGCUGGUCGCCUGACUGCGGCGCCUGCAUCACGCGCGCCUUUGGCGAGGCGCAGCGGCUGUGCCCGUACCACAGGCAGGCCAUGGUCGUGGUUGACGGCGGCGAGUGCAGCGUCAGCUUCCAUGACGUUCAACAGAUGGAGCAGACCAUGGGCCUCGGCAGCCCCGGGCAAUUUGCAGUGCUGCAGCAGGAUGGGGAUCAUGUAUCAUUCCUUGAUUUUUGCCAAGAUAUCAAAGAACUGACACGCUAUAUGUCCGAGCAUGAAAAGUUGGAAUUGAAGAACUUUACUGGGCAAUGCGAAAGAUGCAAGCAUCAAGCUUUGGAGUCACCACGACGCCUCAUUAUGUGA